GCAGUCCCUUGUGAAAUCUCAUUGCUGAUUCACCCUCCCGCUCCAGCCCAGCCCUGGAGAGUUACCUCUGCCAGGCAGAGCCUCUGCGAGGAGAGCAAAGAUGAAAGCCUGGGCUCUUUUCACUCUUGGCUUGGCUUUGACUCUGAGCAGUGACUGUUCAAAGAUGCACUACAAAUCUGGGGCACGAAGCGGCUCAAAACAUGAGUUCUUUCGCCAACAAGUGUUUACAGAGGACGGGAAUUUGUGUAAAUUUCCUUUUCGGUAUGGUGGACGGUUUUACCGCUCGUGUUUAUCCAAUCUGGUUUCCCAAAAGACAUGGUGCGCAACAACGCAUAACUACGACCGUGACAGGCAGUGGGGAUACUGUGCUUUGUUACUCGAAGACCACUCAGAUUACUGUGCAAACAACCCUUGCCAAAACGGCGGGACCUGUUCUUUCGCUCGUGGCCAUCGGAAGUACCACUGUGCCUGUCCCGAGGAAUUCACGGGAAAGAACUGUGAGAUGAAGAAAUGUUUUGACGACAGUCUCCAUGAGCUCUUCGAUCUGGACGUGAGCUGGUCAAGAGCCCAAGAAGGAGUGGUGGAGCAGUGCGUGUGCGCGGACGGCCAGAUCGAGUGCCAGAAUGUCGAACACCAAAGUUGCGUUCAAAAUCCUUGCCUGAACGGUGGUGAAUGUAAAAUGAUUACCUUCAACGGGAGAAUGGUAUGUGAUUGCAAAGGAGGUUACGUAGGAAAGUAUUGCAAUAUUGUUCCUAGCCAUAAUUGCUACCAUGGCAAUGGUACAGAAUACAGGGGUACUGCGAAGACAACAAUUUCUGGAUACAGCUGCUUGCCCUGGAAUUCAGAUUUACUUUACCAAGAGUUUCAUGUCAACGGUGUCGAAAAAGCAAUAUUGCUAGGCUUGGGACCUUUCUCUUACUGCAGAAAUCCAGAUGAUGAUGAGAGACCAUGGUGUUACAUCAUGAAGGAAAACAGUUUGUCUUGGGAAUAUUGUAACAUUCAAUCUUGCGAAAGCAAGGAAAGGAUGCAACCAGCUCCAGAUAAUGUGGAUAAUUCUACAAUUGCCAGAAGAGCAUGUGGGAGAAGACACAAAAAAAGAAGCUUUGUAAGACCCAGGAUUGUUGGGGGAUCUUCAUCUUUGCCUGGAUCUCAUCCCUGGACAGCCGCUAUAUAUAUUGGAGACAGUUUCUGUGCUGGAAGCCUUGUUCAGACUUGCUGGGUGGUGUCAGCAGCACAUUGCUUUGUUAACAGUCCACCAAAAUCCUCUAUUACAGUAGUUCUGGGUCAGCAUAUAUUUAAUAGAACGACUGAUGUAACACAAACAUUUGAAAUAGAGAAAUAUGUCUUGCAUCCUCAGUAUUCUGUGUUCAACCCUCUUGACCAUGAUAUCGCUUUGAUUAAGCUGAAGAAGAAUGGCCAGCGUUGUGCCGUCAAGUCCCAGUUUGUCCAGCCAAUCUGCUUACCGGAAAGUAACACCGUUUUCCCUGAGGAGUACAAAUGUCAGAUUUCCGGAUGGGGACACAAGCAAGAGAAUGUAUCUGGUUAUUCAGAUAUCCUGCAAGAAACUACAGUUCCAAUUAUUCCUGAGGAGAAGUGCAGAAGCCCUGAAGUUUAUGGAAUAGGAGUCAGUGAAAAUAUGUUGUGUGCUGGAUACUUCGACAGCAAGUCUGAUGCUUGCCAGGGAGAUUCGGGUGGACCUCUGGCUUGUGAUGAAAAUGAAAUCUCUUACCUGUAUGGAAUUAUCAGCUGGGGAGAUGGCUGUGCCAGAGUCAACAAACCUGGAGUUUAUACGCGAGUGACUAACUACGUAAACUGGAUUAACGAGAAGAUAGCCCCCCGAAAAAGCACGAGCUGAACACCUAAACGUGCUACCAUUGCACAAGCAACAGGCAGGAGUCUUUCAGUUUCAUUAAAUUGGCAUGAAUAUUUUAUUGUAAAAUAGUAUGAAAACUGUCAUAGUAAUUCUUUGAAAUUUCAAAACUGAUCCCUAAAAGUCGGUCUAAUCCAGCUGAUGUCAGGAUCUUUGAUCUAGAAUUUUGGGGCUGUGGAUAGCUCCAUAUAAGAGCCUGUCUCUAUUUGGCCUAGCGAUACAAACAUGUUAACACAGAGUGUACCAAACCCACAACUGUUGGUGUACUGGUGGGGUACAUAAAAAGAGUUAUUUGAGUGUUUUCGCCCAGUUUCUGGUGGAGGUGUCGGAUCCCAUAACCAGCCCAUAACAACAUCGUCCUCGUAUUCUCAGCGGAGUUUAAGGAAAUAAAUAAAGAAAAAAGGACAAGCACCAAGAAUGAAAUUCCCUUCCCCUUGGAAGCAAUCUCCUGCAGUUCAGGUUGAGCAACACCAGUAGAGUGAUAUAGAUCAAGCUGCUCCCCGGCUAACUGCGGCCAACCAGUUCUGGGGAAAAAACAGAGGAUUUAGGCUUUGAUUCAACAAAACAUUUUAGCACAUUUUUAUGUUCCACUGACACAAAAUUAGGAUGCUAUACUUCAGAGCUCUGCUGAAUCUGGUCUGCAAUUCUCUAGCACAGCUAAUGUAACACCUCCUGAGAACAUUAAGUUUAUUGCUGAAAAAUAUUGAAAAUCAGUGCACUUGAUUUCAGACCGACAUAAUUAGGACCUUUUUCAGACUAUAUCACCUGUUCCUCACCCCAAGGAUAAUGGGUGGAAAUACUUCACCUUGACAAUAAAUACCUAAACCUUUCUUAAAAUUGUCAAUGUUUUAAAGAUGUCUUAGAUUUUGUAGUGAAGAUUUAUUUUGAUGAUUCAGAAAUGGGGGUAUUGUUCUAGAUUUUUAAACUGGAUGGCUGAGGUGAACAGCUUGGGAUUUUCCUUGGGUAUUUGGUGAUAUCAUUAACCACUAAUGCUUUACUGUCAUGGUCUGUGGAAUCAUUAUGGGAACAAUCGAAGAAAUUAUUACAAUGUAUAGCUGGUGACUGUGGCUGUGUACUCUGCUGUGCUGGCCAAAAGGCAGAAACUGAUUUAAUAUUAAAAAAAAUAUAAUCUGAUAAAGGAGAAUGGAAAAUUACAACUUUUUAAAUACAGGGAAACUUUAGCCAUGUCAGAUAUGUACAUUUGGAAGUGUUGACGUGAAAUGUUUUUCUUCUCUGGUAGUGAACAUUUUUGAAUUGCCUCAAGCAUUUCAAGCAAAGCUAGUCUUCAGGAUAUAAAAAUUAAAAGUGAGGACUGGAGACUCAGAUAUGUAUUUUUUUUGAUAGUACCAGUAGCAUCUUCAUAGGUUUCUUAGUUGUGGUGAAUUAUUUCUGUAGCUAAAAGAAACUCGGUAAGGAAAAAUAAUGAAAACCUGAAUUUGUGUAAGGGCAAAGAUAUAACAGGGUUAAUCUAGAUAAAUGAUGUAAACUGUUUAAUAAAAAUGUCUAUGGUCUGUUUCUUGGA